ACCAACUGUUCGCAAACUCUCGACGUGCGCAGCAUUGAACGUGUCGUUCAUGACAGAGCUGAACAGCCGAGAGGAGCUUAUCCUGUACAACAGCUUGAUCAUCGCCUGUGCCAUAAUCUUGGCCAUAUUUUGUUUGGGCCUGCUGCUGAUCUUCUACGCCAAGCCGUCCCCGUCGCCGCUGGCGUGCCUGACGCCCAAAUGCAUCGAGGCGCGCGGGUACUUACGCCGUAUGAUCAACACGAGCAGGGACGCUUGCAGCGGCUUUUACGGCUACGUCUGCGACUCGUGGCUGGAGCGACGAAAGGACGGCGGGAGCUUUCACCGGGACAACAUCGCCGCGUGGCUGGCCAAGAUCAACGAGACUCUUCUGCGCAACGUCAGCUGGAGAGGACACCGCAUUGCAGCUUAUCGACCCUGGGCCACGACAAGGGACAGCCGCGAGCAAGUACAACGCGAGCACCCUGUGCCUGCAACGGCUGCACAAACGACUUGGUCUGCAGCGCCACACCGUCGGCAGCGGCGAAGUGCAGCGUCACGCCAUGUACCUCCAGGCCUUCAGCUUGCGGCUGGCCUACGAGCGUCUGCUUGCGAGCUUCGGACCAGAGGCCUUGACCGACGAGUCCCGCGUGCUGUGGCUCGAGGCGCAGAAGACGUUCUUCAUCCGCUUCUGUCUCCUGUCUUGUGACACCGACCAGAAGCCCAAUCCGCUGUCCCCUCGAGCUGGUUGCCUUUUGCCGCUGCACGCCAUGCCGGAGUUCGCCGCGGUGUUCGGUUGCACAUGGCGAGAGGACUUUGUCAGCGAUAAUUGUCCCCUUUAAUUAACUCUGAAACGCGAAUGAUUCGUACACAAACAAGAAAAAAUGUGCUGUUAAAGUGCCGUUAAGAUGCUGCGUGAACAGUUGUAUUUUCAUUGCCCAUUCAGAAACUUUGGAAGGAACGUGGAGGCGUUCCAACCGCUGUUGGACGUUCCGUAUGCACGCAUUUUUCACCGGUUAUAUGCCUUUGUGGCGUCAAGUCCACGUAUUACCUCGACAUUUGGUCUGAAUUUACGAUUUUGUGCCUUGCUAGUUUCAUGGUAUUUUUCGUACUUACCUCUGCAGCUUUAAGUUGUCCGGGUUUUCAGAAAGCUGCUAACGCUAACGUAUAUUCGAUCUUUUCCCUGGAAAUUUCGCUUCGUUGUUCAAGUAUUUGUGGCCACGCAGUCACGUGUACCUCGUAUGAGUGCGACAUUUAUUUGCAUGAGCUCUGAUUACUUAUUAUGUGAAUGUUUCUUUGUCGUGGCGCUCGACAUGGAGUCGACGUUAGCAUCGAAAAUGUUUAUUUGUUCUUUUAUUUCUUCCUUCUCCGUGGUUGGAAUGAUGGUGAUGGAGCUUGUUGUUGUAAAGCCCGUGCUCACCGUGUUAGCCGUGGUACUUGCAGGGUCAGGGUUCUCAUAUACUAAAUUUCACAUGUGCAGCCAAAUUUGCAAUGUUUAGUUACCUUAGCUGUUCCAGUGGAUGUAUUACGGCAUUCGAACGAACAGGAGGGCUAUGGCUGUAUAUAGUUCAUGAUUGCAUUACUGCCUAAAAAUUUCUUCCUUCAGAAUGCACACAAUGCGAAACGCGCAAUAACAGAAGCUUUCAGCGAAGGGGUAAUUCCAAUGUCACAAUUUAGAAACCUGGAAAAUGCAGCAAUGUACCACGAGACAACCGCCAGACUCUCUUCAAUUCAAUUUGCUGCAUUUCACAGACAAAAGAAGACCGGCGUUUCCACAACUUGAUGCACUUGACAUACCAAAGUGAUUCCAGGCCCAAUCUGAUAUCACUGAUAUGUUUGUGUCUAUACAAAAAGAGCCUCAAAAGUAUGGACAUGAAUUCGGAGACUCAAAGUAAAAAAAAAAACAGUUUGAUCCCUAGCACACUUAUUUUCGAAAAUGUAGAAUAUACUGAAAUUUCACUAGUAAGGAAAUUAAAUUGUCAGUUUUUCCAAGGUGGGGUUACAAAUGAGAUUUGCGCGUGUUAUUCCACAAAAGAUCUAAAUGAUUAUGCAUCAAUUGACAGUACCAACCCGGUUUCUUUCCCCGCGCAGUGAAGUUAGUCUUUAAUUUACUGAAGUCAAUGAAAAUAGACGGUGUAACCGGAUAUUGAGAAACCAGAGCAGAACCGAUCACUGGCGUUGCUGGUACUUUGUUUGCCCCGCUAGGUCAUAUAUGCGGCAACUCGCUGGUUACAGAGAUUUUUCCUAGUAGUAUGAAAAUAGCCCGAACAGUAGUUCUGCAUAAAAGUGAAUUCUUCAACAAAUUCAAUAUUUACAGCUACAAAUCUCUGCUACCUCUUACUUCAAAAGCUUUAGAACUUAUUUUAAAGAUAAGGCUAACCGUAUUUCUGGAUCAAAACGGGUGCUUGUCGAAAAUCAGCAGGAUUUUCGCAAAAGUAAGUCAACAGAAUAGUCACUACUUACGAAUAAGGCAGUAAUACUUAAUUUUGAAGAUAAGGGAUGCACUGUCAGAGUUUUUUUUUUACUUCAGAAAAGCUUUUUAUUCUAUUAGGCAUCACAUUAUGUUUCAAACGCUUCCUCUAUAUGAAAUCACAGCUGUUAUUUUAAAUCUUAUUUGCAGUUUUGUUUUCGGAUAGACUUCCAUUUGUACGCCACAAAAGUGGGAGGAAGGGCCGUGUAACACAGGGGCCCAUUUUGGGCCCCAUAUCUUUGAUAAUUUAAAUCAGUGAUAUUGUAAAUACACCGCUUACACCUAAAUUGGUCCCCAGCGUCUAUGAUAGCAGUUAACUCUUUUUUCGGUCGUACUUUAGAGGAAUUACAAACAGUGGUACACGAUUGGUUACACGAGUAGCAAAUUUGAUUAUCUCAAUAAAGUUGAAGUAAAUGUUUCUAAAACUAAGUUUAUUGUGUUUAAGCGUAGGAAAAAUCCUGUUAUCACUGAUAUUUCUGUUUGUUUUGCUCCGCGCGCAAUUGAACGGGUACUUGUAUAUAAAUUUCUAGCAGUACUUUUCAGAUAAAAUUUGAAUUGGUCUCAUCACAUAAAUCAAGCACAUUCUAGCAUCUUCAGGUGUAACCGCAUGUUUUCUAAACUUCGACAUGUGGUUCCUACUUGGUUAUAACGUCAGUUGUAUUACUGACUCAUCUAUUCUAAUCAAUACUACUGCUUAUUGGUUUGGGACACCACGAGCAAACUAGACUGAGGUAGGGCUAACAAUCCCUCAAAAACAAGCUGUCCGCCACAUAGAAAACUUCGGAUGGCUCGAUCACACCGCAGAGUUCUAAAAAACCGACGCUGUAUUUGUUGACACAUAAUUAGCUAAUACCAAUCAAUGAAAACAAAGAUAUAGCCACUUUCAUGUUCCAUUCUAUAUAACCAACUACGGAACGAAACAGCCCAAGCACCUAACACCUUUCCUUUUCUCAAUAUCAAACCCGAAAGUUCUAAUAGGAAAGAAUGUAUGUCAACGUCGCGUUCAAAAAGUGUUGUGAAAUCUUUGUUGUCCUCUACACCGGCACAUAAUACGUAUGACCUCUAGCACCAUGCAGUGUAUGAUGUAUGUAAAAAAUUUUUAUUUGGGUGUGACAUCAUGCACCAGGGAGAGGCCGGCUUCGAUAACCGAAGGCAUUUGCUAUCGAUCCCGGCACACACUGGAUUGAGCACCUCCAACGAAGCGGCUCACCGCGCUGCUCGAGGCCUCGCUCACCGAGCGUCAUCGGCGGAAGAGCUAUCGCGGGGUACUGCAAACGUCUGGGCUUGGGAGGGUCGUAUGACCAGGUUCCACGACAUCACGACACACUAUCAGUUAGACACGCGAAUACCCAUUCCCUCACGCUAGGUUAAAUAGGACGCAAGCAGUACCCUACAGACAAUUACAAACAGAUUUUACAGAAACCCUAGACUAGUGCACGCCAUGCAUCCAGAUAUGUACACCACAAACAGAUGCACAUCGUGUGGCUAGGUUGCCACACUUAAUCACAUGUUAUGUGAGUGCCAGGACUUAACAAACAAGUCGGGCAGCGCUGACCCCUCCGUCUCUUCCACUGCCAGCCUUCGCUGGCGCUGGCAGACCGCACUGCUCAGCUCGAACCUGACAGCCCAACUUUCGGCAGUACAGCGAGCCGAGGAAGCCGCUUCGAGACAAGGUCUCGGAACCGCGUCCGCGGCGGGUGCCGAGACCCAUUAGAAAGCCACCGAACUCGAAUCUCAUCGAUUUCAAAAUAAAGUUUACGUUCUUCUUCUUUUGCGUGAUAAUAUUUGUCACUAAUUUUGCUGUACCAAGUUUAUUUGCCCGUACUAUGCUUCUGCAAUCUGCUGCUGAAUUUUGUUCACGCUACUGCUAAACAGUGCAUGGGUGGAAGGGCCACUGCGAGGCAGUCUUUUAUGCCUUGAGUCACACGUUCCCCUGGC